UUUGACUUCUGCUGUUCUUCUAGUCUCAUCGUAAAUUUCAUGCACCCCGUCAUGGACACAUGGGGUUCCUGCCCCACAAGCGUAGCAAGAAGCACAGAGGCAAGGUGCGCACGUGGCCCAAAGAUGACCCUAGCCAACCCGUCCACCUCACUGCCUUCCUGGGAUACAAGGCUGGCAUGACACACACCCUGAGGGAGAUGCACCGAGUUGGCCUCAAGCAAUCAAAGCGAGAGGAAGUAGAGGCAGUCACCAUCAUUGACACUCCUCCGAUUAUGGUGGUUGGGGUUGUGGGAUAUAUUAAAACUGUCCGUGGCUUGAGAUCCUUUAAAACCAUCUUUGCUGAGCACCUAAGUGAUGAGUGCAAACGCAGAUUCUACAAAAGCUGGUACAAGAGCAAGAAGAAGGCCUUCACCAAAUACAGUAAGAAGUGGCAGGAUGAGACAGGAAAGAAACAGCUGGACAAGGAUUUUGCCACAAUGAAGAAAUACUGCUCAGUAAUCAGGGUUAUUGUUCACACUCAGAUGCGACUGCUGGCAAUAAAGCAGAAGAAGGCCCAUGUCAUGGAGGUGCAGCUAAAUGGUGGGAGCACCUCAGACAAAGUGGACUGGGCAAAAGAGCAUCUGGAAAAGGCUGUCCCCAUCGCUACUGUCUUCAGCCAAGAUGAGAUGAUUGAUGUUAUAGGAAUUACCAAGGGUCAUGGCUUUAAAGGUGUGACAAGCCGUUGGCACACGAAGAAGCUCCCCAGGAAGACUCACAAGGGUCUGAGGAAGGUGGCCUGUAUCGGGGCCUGGCAUCCGGCCCGUGUGGCUUACACUAUCGCUCGUGCUGGACAGAAAGGCUAUAACCACCGCACUGAGAUCAACAAGAAGAUCUACCGUAUUGGCAAGGGUUUGCACAUCCAGGAUGGAAAAGUGAUCCGGAACAAUGCCUCCACAAACUACGACUCCAGCCAGAAGGCCAUCACACCCAUGGGAGGCUUCCCCCACUACGGUGAAGUGAAAAAUGACUUUUUGAUGAUAAAGGGCUGCGUGGCUGGGGUUAAAAAACGUGUUCUCACUCUCAGAAAGUCUUUGCUCGUGCACACAUCUCGCAAGUCAAAGGAGUCCAUCGAGCUUAAAUUCAUCGACACCACUUCCAAAUUUGGUCACGGCCGCUUCCAGACUGCCCAGGAGAAGAGGGCAUUCAUGGGGCCACUGAAGAAGGACACCCAGAAACCACUGCCGGAGCCUCUGAGUGAAGAGGCCUGAAAAAAAGGAUCUUAAAAUUUUAAUUCAGGUGUCUUAAAGAUAAUAAAGCUGAGAGCAAAUGCAUCCUCUGAGA